AUUGUCCUUCACGCGACAUUCAUGUGUGUGUGGAUGCUGGCUGCUAUCUAACGUUACAUUUCUAUAGAUUGAUCUCAAUUUACUGCGAGUUUUAAAGUAAUCUUCGUCAUCAUGUCUUCCCAAGGGGUGCAGACUGAUUUUGUAACGUUGACAAGCUUUGUUCUUGCCGAGCAAAGACGUUUUCCCGAAGCAACUGGAGAGCUCACGACAUUGCUUAAUUCACUGCUCACUGCCAUCAAAGCCAUUUCAUCAGCAGUAAGAAAGGCCGGCAUUUCACGCCUGUACGGUAUCCAAGGUUCGGUGAACACGACCGGAGAUGAACAGAAGAAGCUGGACGUGAUCUCAAACGAUCUCUUCAUCAAUGCACUGAAGGGCUCCUACACAACAUGUGCCCUCAUCUCGGAGGAGAACGAGAACAUGAUCGAGGUGGAGACAGAGAAGCAGGGGAAGUACAUCGUGGCUUUCGACCCCUUGGACGGCUCGUCAAACAUUGAUUGUCUCGUUUCGAUCGGUUCCAUCUUUGGUAUUUGGAAGAAGACAAGUGAGGGCGCUGUGACAGAGAAGGAUUAUCUUCAACCUGGCCGACAAAUGGUUGCUGCUGGUUAUGCCCUCUACGGUAGCGCCACCAUGGUUGUACUCAGUACAGGAAAUGGCGUCAACGGAUUCCAGCUGGAUCCCGCGAUUGGAGAAUUUGUGUUGACAGAUCGUGACAUGAAGAUCAAACCUAGAGGAAAGAUCUUCAGUAUCAACGAAGGAUACGCCAUGUACUGGGAUGAAAGCAUCAAAGAAUACGUCAAGUCAAAGAAAUUCCCUGAGGAUGGUAAGGCUCCGUAUGGUGCUCGAUACAUUGGAUCUAUGGUAGCGGACAUGCACAGAACACUUAAAUAUGGAGGCAUCUUCAUGUACCCUGCCCACAAGAAGAGUCCCAAGGGAAAGCUGAGGCUGCUUUACGAGUGCAACCCGAUGGCAUACGUCAUUGAAAAGGCUGGAGGGAAGGCUAUCGCCGGUCUGGAUAGGAUUCUGGACAUCCAACCAACGGCCAUUCAUCAGCGAUGUCCUGUUGUCAUGGGCUCCAUAGAGGAUGUCGAUGACUUCCUGACCAUUGCACAGAAACACUCCAGCUAAGGAAUGAUCUCACGGUGGAUAAGUUCCAAUUUUUUUUUUAAAUUAAGAUGUAGAUAAUACUGUACAUUCAGUAUUUCAUUGUGAUCCCAGUCGUUGUUGAUAAAAUGUAGAGUGUGACAAUAUGGCAAUAGAA